CCCAAAUACCCGGAUGGCUAGUGGGGCGGGCGAGCGAGCGAGCCAGCGCGCGCGGGGCUGACGGGCACGGAGCGAUCGGGCCUGGCGCGAGGGGCGCCGGGAUAUUGCGCGCGACGCCUCAGGCGGGGUCGCUGCCAGGGCGGGCAGGCGAGGACCGGAGCGACCCAGGACAGGCUCCUGAUCCCCGGCUCCUUGCAGCGCCGAUGUUCCUCUUUGUGCUGUGCCGAGAUGCCUUGGGGUGACAAAGAAAUGAAAUGAGUGUGAGCGGCGGCGGCAGCGGCGGCGACCUCUGCAUGCCCCUCAGGACCCAGCCUUGCCACGGCUGCCCGCCCAGCAGACCAGCUUCCCCGAGCCACAGGGAUGGUGGUAGUCACGGGGCAGGAGAAAGCCAGCGAAUGCCCGGGCGAUGCCAUGUCGGGCUCGGAUGCCGAGGACGACUUCCAAGAGCCGGUCACCCCGACGGCCAGCCAGGCGGAGCAGGCCCUGCCUCUUCUUCCUCAGAAGUUCCCCGAAGUGGUGCCGCUGAACGUUGGAGGCAUGCACUUCACCACCCGGCUGUCAACGCUGCGCCGGCACGAUGACACCAUGCUGUCGGCCAUGUUUAGCGGCCGGCAUUACAUCCCGACGGAUGCCGAAGGCAGAUAUUUCAUUGACCGAGACGGAACCUUCUUUGGGGACGUGCUGAACUUCCUCCGCUCCGGCGACCUGCCUCCGAGAGAGCGCGUGAGGUCCGUUUACAAGGAAGCCCAGUAUUAUUCCAUAGGACCUUUGCUAGACAGCCUUGAAGAGAUCCAGCCCCUGAAAGGGGAGAAGGUCCGGCAAGCGUUCCUGGGCUUGAUGCCCUAUUACAAAGAGCACCUGGAGCGGAUCGUCGAGAUCGCCAAGCUGCGGGCCAUGCAGCGGAAAGCCCGCUUUGCCAAGCUGAAGAUCUGCGUCUUCAAGGAGGAGAUGCCCAUCACCCCCUACGAGUGCCCGCUCUUCAACUCCCUGCGCUUCGAGCGCAGUGAGGGCGAGGGCAAGCUCUUCGAGCACCACUGCGAGGUGGACGUCUCCUUCGGGCCCUGGGAGGCCGUGGCCGACGUCUACGACCUCCUGCACUGCAUCGUGACGGACCUCUGCAGCCGGGGCAUCACCGUGGACCACCAGUGCAUCGGGGUCUGCGACAAGCACCUGAUCAACCACUACUACUGCAAGCGGCCCAUUUACGAGUUCAAGAUCACGUGGUGCGAGACGUUCUGGCGCACUUCCUUCGAGAGAGUCCUUUCUCCCCAGCAAGGCAGCUGGCAGUUACGUCACCUCCAGGCAUCAGACGUCUACAUCAGCACUUUAUUUCACAACGUUUUCCCACAACGUCUUGUUGAUUUCGAGAGGAAGCCCCGGUCAGAAGACGCCGACCUGCAAAGAGGAAGACGUUUUCAGGACCCAGCGGUGCGCCCCAAUGCGAGCCGGACGUGGUGGUGGGUGUGGGUGGAGACGCCGUUGCUUUUCCUCUUGGGCCUGGCGCCGCGUCGUUUCGGGCAGGCGGCGGCGGCGGCGCCCUUGGCGGAAGUGACGCCAUCACGUCGAGGGGCGGGGGAGAAGGUGUCCAAGGAGCCUCUGAAGGGGGAGACGGCGCCGGCGGAGGAGGAAGAGGAGAGCCUGAGGAGCGCCAUGAGCCUGAAGUCGGAGCGCCGCGGCAUCCACGUGGACCAGUCAGAGCUGCUCUGCAAGAAAGGAUGCGGUUACUACGGCAACCCGGCCUGGCAGGGCUUCUGCUCCAAAUGCUGGCGGGAGGAGUACCAGAAGGCCCGGCAGAAGCAGAUCCAGGAGGACUGGGAGCUGGCGGAGCGGCUCCAGCGGGAGGAAGAAGCAGCCUACGCCAGCACCCACCAGCCCCAGGGGGCUCAGCCGCCCACGUUCGCCAAGUUCGAGGAGAAGAAGACCAACGAGAAGUCCCGCAAAGUCACCACGGUGAAGAAGUUCUUUGGGGCCUCCAGCCGGGCCGGCCCUAAGAAAGAGGUCCAGGAAGCCAAGGCCCCCAGCCCCUCCGUCAGCAGACAGGUCAGCGUGGAGACGGACCGCGUGUCCAAGGAGUUCGUGGAGUUCCUCAAGACCUACCACAAGGUUGGGCAGGACAUCUACAAGCACUGCAAGCUCUUCCUGGAGGCCAUGCACCACAAGCGGGAGCUGAGCAUCGAGGAACAGUCCGAGUGCGCCCAGGACUUCUAUCAGAGUGUGACUGAGAGACUGCAGAUUCGCGCGAAAGCGCCUCCGGAGAAAGUGGAGAAAGCGAUGGACCAGGUUGAGAAGUACGUCAUGACCCGGCUGUACAAGCACGUCUUCUGCCCGGAGACUACCGAGGACGAGAAGAAGGACCUUGCGAUCCAGAAGAGGAUCAGGGCCUUGCACUGGGUCACACCCCAGAUGCUCUGCGUCCCCGUCGACGAGGAAAUCCCGGAAGUCUCGGACGUGGUGGUGAAAGCGAUCACAGACAUCAUUGAGAUGGACUCCAAGCGGGUCCCCCGGGAUAAGCUGGCCUGCAUCACCAGCUGCAGCAAGCACAUCUUCACCGCCAUCCGGACCACGAAGAACGAGCCCGCCUCGGCCGACGACCUGCUCCCCACUCUCAUCUACAUCGUCCUGAAGGGCAACCCGCCCCGCCUCCAGUCCAACAUCCAGUACAUCACCCGCUUCUGCAACCCCAGCAGGCUGAUGACGGGAGAGGACGGCUACUACUUCACCAACCUGUGCUGUGCCGUGGCCUUCAUCGAGAAGCUGGAUGCCCAGUCCCUCAACCUGAGCGAGGAGGACUUUGACCGCUACAUGUCGGGCCAGACCUCGCCCAAGAAGCCGGAGCCCAAGAGCUGGCCGGCCGACGUCUGCGCGGGGGUCCGCCAGAUGUACCGCAACCUGGACCUCCUCGCCCAGCUCAACGAGCGCCAGGAGCGGAUCGCGAGCGGGGCCCGCCAGCUGGAGGAGGACCUCAUCGAGUGGACGGACGCCGUCUCCAAGGAGGUCCGAGAGAUCGUGGAGAAGUACCCCCUGGAGAUCAAGCCCCCGCAGCCGGCGCUGGCGGCCAUAGACUCCGAGAACGUGGAGAACGACAAACUGCCGCCUCCCUUGCAGCCGCAGCUCUACGUGGGCUGAGGCCCGCGCCUGGGACCCGGGGCGGGCGGGGGGGGCCAUCCCUCCCUGCCUGGCUUCCUCCUUUUCCUGCGCCGGAAGGAAAACCCGCCGGGGCAGGCACCAGAGUUUCACAGGUACCCUUUCGCUGGCUCGUGUGUCUGAUAUUUAUUCCGGCCAGAGGAGGCUGCCGUGGGGGCUCUCUCUCUCCCCCUUGUGUGGCGCUGAACGGCAUCUGAUGUCUUAUUUUUCACACGAAUCCGACUUUUUAAGCAACUCGGGGUUGAUUCCCCCCCCAUUUCUCCCCCCUUGGCAGGCAUGCCUUGCGUGUGUGCGUGCGUGCGUGCAAAUAAUUGGUUGAAGCUUUCUUUUCUUUCUCUCUCUCUCCCCGCAAUACUUGGAAUAUAAUAUUCUGCAUUUUGCAUCUCUACACACACACACACACACACACACACACACACGAUUUAUCCUGCCUCUAGAAGGGUUGAGAAUAAUCUGGAGGACUCUUCCCGUCCCUUCUAGACGAAGGAUAACCGCAAGAGAUUCCAGUGGGAGGAUGUUCUCUGCCAGCGUCUGGAAGUCGACAGGUACUUGACCGUUUUUUAGGAAACAAAUAGAAGGAAAUCCAGUGUAAAGUAGACUUAUUUAAAUCUGUAAAUAGGCUGGACAUCUGCACACUCCUCUUACCUGCAUGGCAUUUUCUAAGAAACGGUGGGUGUUUCUUGGUUUUAUUUUCCCCACACUCCACAGGGCUCGUUUCUCACCCGAGUAGUCUUCUUCUAGGGAAACAGAGAGGGAAGUUCCUGAUAGUGGGAAACUGCCAUCCAUCGGCUGCAAGCUGACAGAUAAAAUGUCCCAAGAUCUGUCGUUUCUUCUCCGAUUCCCCUGGAAAUGCACUGAAAUAGCCUUUUUCUCCCCUUGCUGCAUGCUGGCCUAUAACAGCCACUCAGCUCGGGUCUGCUGGAACCCGUUUCUGGAAUGCUAGGGCAGAUCUGUGCUGCUCUAGAAACACGUGGCGUUGGCCGACCGAGGAUUAAAGGAUGGCUUGAUUCUAUUCUCCAGUAUCCGGCGUGGAUAUUUUUCUCCUUCUGUGGGGAAAUUGGGACUGAGCAGGCGAGGAGAGAAUCUCGUGAUUGCCUGUCCUGCCUCGACCGGUUUUCCGCAUGGCGCACGAUGCCGUUGGAAGCGAAGGAAACCCAAUUUGUACCUUCUCCAAAGAGGUCUACAACUCCCAUUAUCCCCUGCCACAAUGGCUGGGGUGAUGGGAAUUGUAAUCCAGCAGCCCCGGGACCCGGGUUCGAGAACCACUGGUAUAACAUGUCCCUUCCCCUCUCCCUCAAAUCUGAAUAUUUGGGCCGAUGCCCAAAUAUAUAUUAAAUGUGUGGCGUGGGCUGGCUCCUAUCUUGUGCUCAUUUUUAGUGUGUGCUUGAAUUAGUCCUAAAGUGUUUGGCGCAUUUCGGGUGGAUUUAAGACCGCCUUGUUCUCUCUCCUCUUCCCUCCCUGAGAACUCAUCCAUCCUUAUUGCUGUGGGUGUCUGUCUCUCUUGGUUUCUUAUCCCUACCUCCUGCCUUGGCCCAAGAAGCCGCCUGGCUUUUUUGGGAAGACAAGCACCCUCUUCAGCAGCUUUAAAAGUGUCUCGGAACCUGUUUUUGUAGCAUCACUGUUUUUUCUCUCCUGACUCUGGAGCAGUCUGGAUGGAACUGAAAGGUCUGAAAGGUCUGGGUGGGUGAUAGGGGAAAUGAAACCAUUUUUUAAAAAAAUCCAGCAUGUGUUGCAGUGACAAUGGGUUCCAAAGACUAGCGAGCUCCUCAGGUGGCCCGUGGUUGGUUCCAGGCAGUUCCUUGCUUUCUCACGGCAGGCUGCUUUUCACUGAUUGGGGUCCAGCUCCAUUCAUCCCGGAAAAGCAGUAUUAAAAUUCCCAUUCCCGCUGAAUAAAGUGUGUGGUUCUUGCUUCUCUCGUCAAGCUCCUCUGAAGUGUUUCUUCCUUUCUCGGAUGCCAAAUUCCGCUUAAUAUAUUAAAUUUGCACGCCCUCUUUGCCAUUCAAACUCUGUCCUGGCUCCAAGGUUCAAAUAAGGACAGUCUCCUUACAGUGUUAUACUGCUGAAGAACACAUUUUAAAAGAAUUAGUUUUCACACAUCUCCUCCCCUCAAGCUCUCGUGAUCUAGCCGAACCUCCUUUGUUCCUGGCCCAGUUCUGGCCACCAGAUUUCCAGAUCUAGUCUAGAUCUCGCUUGGAGACCUGCACCGGGUCUCCAUGAGGCAUCUAGAAACAUGGCCAUCUUAGCAAUGCUGUCUCUUUGCAAUAAGUCUGGACCAGAAACUUCUCUGGCGGUGGCUACUGAAUUUUUAAAAACGCACCUUCCGUUUGAGCGGCACCUUCCUGGCAUUGUUUCGCGGCUAAGUAUUUCUGUCCUCGGCCUCCCCAUGCUAAACCGCAGAACUGACAUUAGCGAGCUUAUCAGCUGGACCCAGGGAGUUGCGUUUGUCGGCCUCUGUCCCGAGAGAAUAGCGGCCUAGAUCGGAGUCUCCUCUCCUGGUCCCGUUUCUCUCUUCCCCAGGAUCCACUUAGGUGCUAACUCUGGUUUCCAGGUACGUGGUUUUUUUUUUCACUCCUGAGAAGAUGUAUUGUAAUUGCUGUUACUAAAUUUCUGUCAGAUCGAAUAAAACAUGUACACCACGA